AUAUCUCUCUGAAAUCGAUUAAGAUUUAACGCGCAUAUUGUUAAGGAAUACGAAAAGACAUUAGAUAUUCUUCGCACAUCGCCUAUACUCAAACAAUGAUGAUUCGAAAAUCGUCUCUAUCUGAAAAUUGCGGAUGCAGCUCGUAAUACAUUAAAGUAAUUUUCGACGAGUAACAUAUUUCAUUGUCUGCCAUCAAAGUCUGCAAAGGAAUCGAUACGCUAAUUCGUUCAAGAAAAUCCAACACUGAAUCCAUGACAUUACGAAUUUUUCAGUUUUUGUUCAGUUUUCUUCUAAUCUUUCAGGAAUUUCUUUCUGAGAGUUUCUGGGGGAAUUUUUCUAAUGAACAAAUAAUCCUUUUAUCUGCCUCUCGAAAAUUAACUUGGAAAGAAUUCCAAUUUCCAACGUCGACUAUGUAUAGAAGUACGAUCGCACGACUCAACAGUGAAUGUCUGGCAUCGCAUCGCGGUUUUUAAUCUAAUUCUCUCUUUUUUUCCAAUAUCUAUCAAAUUGUUCUUUUUUUUUUCUUUCAAUCCACCACAAGCAAAUUGCUGAUGAUUUAUUUCAUGCGAUUUGCGACUCGCGGGCGCCGCGACGACCUUAAAAUCGACGACAAUAUCCCGCGAUCGUGUUAAUAAAGAGGCGCCAUUGACAAAGGCAAACAAUUCGAUCUCGCGCACAUUUCGGGGAUUGUUUGCUUACGCGCCAUUUACUUAGCUGCUUUAAUUAAGACAUAGUCGCGGUAUUCACGUAUUUCGUCAAUGCGGUGCAAACAAUCGAUGCGAUUGGUAUAAUGAGGGAAAUACGUUGACGCUCACAAUUAUAAUACUCGGAAUUAUGCGAGGAUUAAAUUGAGAUAUUAUCGGCAAUCUGUCGAAUUAAUUAGUCAUGGUAUUCGUGCGUAGUUGUCGAUUGACGUACAUGUGGAAUAUCACGCGUGUUAUUAGUAUGUUAUCAUCGAUUGGUGGUGUGUCAGAUGUCGUAGCGAUGUGGUUUAUAGUGGAUCGUAGUUCCCUGAGAAUGACUUGUAACGUUCGAGAUUGCAGAGGAAUGACUUGUAUUUGUACAAAGAAUGCAUAUAGCACAGAUCCUUAUAUAUCAUGAUUAAGGACAAGGAUAGAUUACUGGCUUUGUAAUCGCUGCGGUGAUAAUGAUUCGAUAGGAGUCUAACUUCCGGAAAGCGCUGUCACAUGUGCAUCUGUGUGGGAAUGAGGCGAUGUGUCACGGAUGCGGAAAACGACCGCAUCCAAACGUCUGUUUGUUCGGUGACCGUGCCGGGUAUUAUCAAGCGACCGCUUCGUGAAUCGAUAAAUUCCCGAAGAGGAAACCGAAGAGAAAUUAGAUUGCCGUUUGAUCGACCAUUGUAUCACGGGGCCACUCGAGCUAUUGCAUCGCAGUGCGGUUUCUGACAUAAAUCACUGUGCAAGCAGAAGAAAAAGAAGAAGAGAGAACAGCAGAGACAUGGCGCACGAAAACGGGAUAAACGGCGGCGAUACCGACUCGGAGACGGUGGAACUGAAUCCUCUGAGGAGAACCAGAUUUCACGUGAACCGGGUCGACAGUCUCGAAGGUCGGGCCAGUCUCCUGGGAGAGCAGGAGACCAAGAAAUCCCUCAGAUACAUGACCAGGGAGGCUUUGCCCAGGCUAGACAAUUACAGGAACAUCAUGAGCAUCCAGGCGGCGCACAGGCCUUCCCUGGACGAGUUGCACAAUCCCACUCUCCUCAACAAGGGUCCAGGUUCACACACAUUAACUGUCCCGCAAAUGAAAGCCUCCGCACCGGGAGUAAAAUUUGGAUGGAUUCAAGGAGUGUUGAUGCGAUGUCUCCUCAACAUUUGGGGGGUGAUGCUUUUUCUGCGACUUUCCUGGGUCGUAGCACAGACCGGGAUAGGCCAGGCUAUUUUACUGAUUCUCACAACGACAGUAGUCACGACAAUUACAUCCUUAUCGAUGUCAGCGAUCAGUACCAACGGACUUAUAAAAGGGGGUGGAACUUAUUACAUGAUUUCCAGGUCUUUAGGACCUGAAUUUGGCGGAUCCAUAGGUCUUAUAUUUUCUUUAGCAAAUGCUGUCGCCUGUUCCAUGUACGUAGUUGGUUUUUGCGAAAGCUUGGUGGACUGCCUCCGCCCUUUUAAAGCCUGCAUAAUCGAUUGUGCGAUUAUGGACAUUAGAAUUAUAGGUUGCAUAACAAUAGUCGUACUUUUGAUAAUCGUUAUAAUCGGACUAGAAUGGGAGGCAAAGGCUCAAGUAUUUUUGCUGAUGAUUCUUCUCGUAGCUAUUGGUGAUUUUAUGAUCGGUACUUUUAUAGGCCCGAAAAGCGAGACGGAGAGAGCUCAGGGAUUUAUAGGAUACCACGCCGAGUUGUUCAAGGAAAAUUUGCAUUCAAACUAUAGAUACAGCGAAGGCGUGCAUCAUAAUUUCUUUUCAGUCUUGGCCAUCUUUUUCCCAGCGGCAACAGGUAUCCUGGCAGGUGCAAAUAUAUCCGGUGACUUGAAGGAUCCGCAAACGGCAAUUCCGAAAGGCACGCUACUCGCGAUUCUUCUAACGUCGUUGUCAUACUUAAUCAUGGCGAUUAUGGUUGGAGGUACCGUUAUGCGAGACGCAUCCGGCAAUGUUGCUGAUUUAUGGACGACGUAUAAUAACUCUCUUUUGGCUCUGUCAAUGUCCGGAACAGACAAUGACACUACGAUCGAUAACAGUACAAUUAUUGAGAAUUUGAAUCACACAUCCUGGAGUGUAUAUGGAACGGCUUUUAAUUGCACCCCCGAAUGCAAGUACGGCAGCCACAAUAGUUUUGAGGUGAUUCAAUUAGUUUCUGGUUUCGGUCCUAUUAUCUAUGCCGGUUGUUUUGCGGCAACAAUUUCAAGUGCCUUAGCAUCGCUGGUCUCAGCGCCAAAAGUAUUUCAAGCACUCUGCCUUGACAAAUUAUAUCCAGGAAUCUCAUGGUUUAGCGGAGAGAAAGAUAAGGAACCGAUUCGCGGUUAUUUACUCACUUUCAUUAUCGCUGUUGCUUUUAUUCUCAUAGGUGAAUUAAACGCAAUCGCACCGCUGAUUUCAAACUUUUUCUUGGCAGCUUACACUCUUAUCAAUUUUAGUACAUUCCAUGCUUCUUUGGCUAAGCCAAUCGGAUGGCGGCCAACUUUCAAGUAUUACAACAUGUGGCUCAGUCUUGGUGGUGCUAUUCUUUGCGUUUCUGUGAUGUUUUUGAUCUCAUGGUGGACGGCUUUAAUAACAUUAUGCGUAGUCUUAGCAUUAUAUUUAGUAGUUUCAUAUAGAAAACCUGACGUAAAUUGGGGUUCAACCACACAAGCCCAAACCUACAACAACGCAUUGACCGCUGUCCAGCAAUUGGACCGAGUGGAAGACCACGUAAAAAAUUAUAGACCGCAACUCUUGGUUCUUACCGGCCCACCCAACGCGAGAUCGUCUCUCGUUGAUUUCGCUCAUCAUAUUACUAAACAUCAGAGUUUAUUUAUUUGCGGUCAUAUCAUCGAGAUGCCCAUAUCAUACAAAACGCGUAACAACAUGGUACAAAAUUGCUCUUCUUGGCUUAGGGCAAAUAAAAUUAAGGCGUUUUAUUCGCUAGUAGAUAGCUCGAAUUUCCAAGAUGGUGCUACUUCGCUCCUGCAAGCUGCUGGCCUCGGAAAAAUGAGGCCUAAUAUUCUGUUAAUGGGUUAUAAACAAGAUUGGGCUACUUGUCCCAGGGAGAAUUUAAAUAUGUACUUCAAUGUCAUGCAUAAAGCUCUGGAUAUGCACAUAGCAGUGGCGCUUCUCCGCCUUCAAGAAGGUUUGGAUUGCAGUACGAUCGUCGGAGAUGUCGAUGAUCAAAGGAGACUCGCACCUACUUCGAUACCGGGCAAUCAGAGUUUCUCACAACUUAGCCAAGCUAGUAGCACAUCUGACAUAUCGAUCCCCGGCAGUCCUGCGCCAAGACGUUCGAAAAUGAUCAACGAAUAUCCCAAUCCGUCCUCCGAAGAGCAGCGCGAAAAUCGACCAAAUAUAGUGCCAAUCACGAAUAUACUUAAUGUAGUAACAAAGUUUCAACGGAAGCAUAAAAAGGGUACUAUCGAUGUAUGGUGGCUAUAUGAUGACGGUGGCCUGACGCUUCUGUUACCUUAUAUAAUCAGCACGAGGCGUAAUUGGUCUAACAGUAAAUUAAGAGUGUUUGCACUUGCAAAUAAGAAUUCUGAAUUGGAGUAUGAACAAAGAAGUAUGGCCAGUCUUCUAUCGAAAUUUCGAAUAGACUAUUCCGCUUUAAAAGUCAUACCAGACAUUUCAAAGCCGGCACAAGCCGGUACAAAGACAUUUUUUGAUUCAUUAAUAGCUGACUUCCAAGAAUCAGUCGAUUCGAAAAAUUCUGACGAUGAUGUUAUUAAAGAUUCAGAACUUAUAGCGAUGAAAGAGAAAACCAAUCGACAUCUUCGUUUGCGCGAAUUAUUACUUGAAAAUUCUAUGGAAGCCAAUUUAGUAGUUAUGACAUUACCGAUGCCUCGAAAAGGCGCUGUAUCAGCGCCUCUUUACAUGGCAUGGCUGGAGACACUUACACGCGAUAUGCCACCGUUUCUACUAGUUCGAGGCAAUCACACGUCGGUUUUAACAUUUUAUUCAUAACGUUGAUAUAAAACUGAAUGACGAGACAUUACGGAACGUCAUAGUACGAAAACGACAGCAUCGCAGUAUUACAAGCGACAAGAAAGACUUAAUCAUUUGUAUAUGCAAAGAAUUAAUUCAAUCAAUUCUGAAUGAAACAUCCAGUGAUACAUAUAUAAUAGUAAUAAGCUAAUGACAAAUAUAUGCUUUUAUCAUCACGUAAUGUGGGAAAGUAUGUUGUGAAUAAACCACUAUUGAAGAAUGUGCCUAAUAAUAAGCAAUCUCUUGAAAAUAUUCAAUCAUAUAAUAAAACUAUUAUUUUUUUAAAUGACUAAGAUAUUUCUCGUGUAAUUUCAAAACAUUCUGACACAAUUUCUUCUUUAUAUGCGGUCAUAUUUUAUAAAUAUCUGAAGUAAACAAUGACGAAAAUGACAAUC